UUAUCCUACAAAUUCCUUUUAAGGGGCUCCACUUUCUCUCCCUCCAAACACCACCCACCACCAACCUUCAAAUUCUUGUUGUUUUCUCUUUAAAUACAAUCUCUCAUUACAUUCAUACAUCUCUUGUGAGCUUGUUUAUUGGUCUGGUCACUCGAUGACCAAUUUUUAAUGCUAUACCAGCUUUUUUUUUUUACCCUUCAUGUUACACUAUAUAUAAUAGAGGGCUAAGGCAACUGUCUGCUUAUUUGGUGUUCAUUAAUGUUAUAUCAAAUUAUGGAUGGUGACUAUGGCGGCAGUUGCGGUGGCUGUUCUGAGGACAUGACGGUGGAGUUUGGUUAUGAACCCCAUGUUUUAGCGGUGGAUGAUAACCUCAUUGAUAGAACACUGGUGGAGAAAUUACUCAAGAACUCCUCCUGUAAAGUAACAACUGCAGAAAAUGGGCUGAGGGCAUUGGAAUUUUUGGGUUUGGGAAGUGACCAGAGGAAUUCCUUGGAGGGCACCGUCUCAAAGGUAAAUCUAGUAAUAACAGAUUAUUGCAUGCCUGGAAUGACAGGCUAUGAGCUGCUUAAGAAAAUUAAGGAGUCAUCAGUUCUGAAGGAAGUCCCUGUUGUAAUCAUGUCAUCUGAAAAUAUUCCAACUCGAAUUAACCAGUGCUUAGAAGAAGGUGCUCAAAUGUUCAUGCUGAAGCCUUUGAAACAGUCGGAUGUUAAGCAAUUGAAACGCCAUUUGAUGAAAUACAGAAGCUGAAAUUUACCCUUUUUUGAGGACAAACUUUAGCCAUUACCAAAAAAUGUAUGAGAAACAUUUAUUCUAAUAAAAAUUAUUUUUUCAGAUGCAA